AUGCCAGCCGCUACCACCUCGUCGCUCGUUCUGCGGGAGCGCCCAGCUCGGGGCUCGCUGGACGUCUCGCAAUGCUUCGAGCGGGUCGACAGCCCCUCAGACUCAUCAAAGCGCCUGCCACCUGGUCAUGUCGCUGGAAAGGUCCGUUAUAUUGGCAUCGAGCCAGCGCAGCGCAAUUGGCUUGAGUCUUCGAGUCGAAGCUACCUGCCUGGUGUCAAGCUCGGCGAGGUCAUGAGGAGUCGCGGCGUGGGUGUGGUUACGGAGAGCACUUGCCCAGAGUUGGUGCCGGGGGACCUCGUGGAGGGAUUGCUAGGAUGGCAAACGCAUUUCAGGCUGCCUGCCAAGGAGGUUCGGAAGCGUAGCCUGCUGCAAGGCGAUCACGACGAGCGCCACUUGAUCGGCUUGCUGAGCUCGACGGGCAUGGCGGCUUACGUGGGUACGUGCGUGCUCCUCCAGCUGGGAGAACGGGACGUCGUGCUCGUCACAGGAGCUGGCGGGGGUGUUGGAAGCUUGGCGGUACAGAUGGCUGCGGCUCGGGGGGCAAAGGUGAUUGCAACUACCACAAAAGCGGGAAAGAAGCGGCACAUCGCGGGCGCCGCUCACGUCAUCGAUUGGAGCAGUGACGAGGCGAGGGCAGGAAUGCAGGCCACCUUCCGCAGCUUCGGUGGGCUUAGCGCAGUAGUGGACAAUGUUGGGGGUGAGGUCCUGGAUGAAGCUCUCCUCGGACUGCGACCCAAGGCUAGGGUGAUACUUUGCGGCUCGUCAAGUACGUACGGUGGCCAUCCCACUCCGCUCAAGAACCUCUUUCGCGUCCUUGAGACCUCGGCCAGUCUGCAAGGCUUCAAUGUCGACGACUACGAGGAGCACUUCUCGAAGGCAGAGCAUCAGAUGUCGGAGUGGCUGAGCAGAGGACAGCUCAAGGUCAGCUACGAUGUCAGAAAGGGGCUCAACAGCUGUCCGGAGGCGCUGACCAGGUUGCUGCAGAGGCAGACGAAUGGAAAGGCGAUCGUGUCGCUCGUUGACGAGCAGGAGGCGGAGGGGCUACAGUGGCAGGACGACACAAUUGAGGCGCAGGGGCGGAGCAUCUGCUUGCAAUGCUGCGCCCCAAGUGGAAAGGCAGAACGCACGAUCCUCUUCGUCUGCGGUACAGGCUUUCCCAAAGAGCUCUGGAAGCCCGUGGCGCAACGUGUGCAGGCCGGCGCAAGCAGCACAAAGUUUAUCGUCUUCGACAUGAGCUUGCAGGGGUACAGCGGGCUGCUGAACGAGGGCCUCGACUUGCCAUUCUCUGUCGACCUCUUCGCUCGGGACAUUGCUGCGGUACUGCAACACCUGGACAACACUCACGCGAUCGUCGUAGCGCAUUCGAUCGGCGGCGCAGCUGCGUGA